AUUAUCUAUGAUUCAAUAUUUGUGUCGAAUAGUAAUACGAAUAGUGCGCCGGGUAGUCAUUUUAUUUCAAUUAAUAUGAAUAAACGUAUCAGAGGCUGUGUGUUAUCGCACGUUGUAAACCAAUAAUCGAACUUUAAUAAUCGAAAUAGAACAAGUCCGUAACAAGUGUUGUGCAUGCGAAUAAUGGAUUGUGAAGAAACGACAGUGACGUCUAGCUACUCAGCCUUGGACGUUAUGAUUACGAGAAAAAGUGUAUUUUGAAAAUAUAUCAAGUGUUUUCGUGUUGAAAACGUCUGUGAGAUAUUAAUUGACGGUGUAGUGGUAUUGUUCACGGCUGUUUCGACACUAGGCAGGUGUUAUGUCGGGCGGUAGGAGCAUCGAGAAGGAGCGCAAGUCUCCACGCGAGAGUGGUGAAGACUCCGAGGAUGAGAGUGAAAUUUUAGAAGAGAGUCCCUGCGGUCGGUGGCUAAAACGCCGGGAAGAGGUUGAACAACGCGAUGUGCCCGGUAUUGACUGCGCCAACCUUGCGAUGGACACCGAAGAGGGCGUGGAAGUCGUGUGGAAUGAAGUCCAGUUCUCCGAGCGGAAGAACUUCAAAGCUCAGGAAGAUAAGAUACAGACGGUGUUCGACAACCUGACCAGGCUUGAACACCCUAACAUCGUCAAGUUCCAUCGAUACUGGACUGACACGCAUAACGACAAACCCAGGGUAAUUUUCAUUACUGAGUACAUGUCGUGCGGCUCAUUGAAGCAGUUUCUGAAGAGAACGAAGCGCAACGUGAAGAGGCUGCCCCUCCAGGCGUGGAAGCGAUGGUGCACACAGAUACUAUCUGCAUUAAGUUAUCUCCACGGCUGUGUUCCGCCGAUCGUCCACGGAAACCUGACCUGCGACACCAUUUUCAUCCAGCAUAACGGCCUGGUGAAGAUCGGCUCUGUAGCGCCCGACGCAAUUCACCACCACGUCAAGACCUGCCGCGAAAAUAUGAAGAACAUGCACUUUAUCGCCCCAGAAUAUGGAUCAUCUCAAAUGGUGACGCCAGCAAUGGAUAUCUACUCGUUCGGAAUGUGCGCUCUGGAAACCGCAGCCCUCGAAAUCCAAGGAAAUGGAGACUCUGGCAGCCACGUCACGGAGGAACACAUCAUACGGACGGUCGAAUCGUUGGAGGAUCCCAGACAGAAGGACUUUAUAUACAGGUGUAUAAACCAGCAUCCCGAGAAGAGGCCGACGGCGAGAGAGCUGCUCUUCCAUCCACUGCUGUUUGAAGUCCAUUCCUUAAAACUGCUGGCGGCCCACACGCUGGUUAAUACAACCGCUAAUAUCUCCGAAACUAUAACUGACGAAGUGACCGGCGGCAGCAGCGGCGAGGCGCUGGCGUGGUGCGUGCGCGGCGGGGAGCGCGUCGAGAUCGCGGCCAAGGACCUCCAGCCGCACGCUGAAAAACUAGAGAAAUUUGUCGAAGACGUCAAGUACGGCAUCUACCCGCUGACGGCGUACGGGUCGGGGGCGGGGGGCCGCGCCUCGUCCCCCGAGCGCGCCCCCGCCCCCGCCGCCUCGCCCCCCCCGCGCGACACCGAGUCCCGCCGCGUCGUGCACAUGAUGUGCAACGUGGCGCCGCCGCCGCGACACAGCGACGCGCCCGACCACGACCUGCUGAUGACCAUCAUCCUGCGCAUGGACGACAAGAUGAACCGGCAGCUGACGUGCGCCGUGUCGCGCCGGGACUCCGCGUCGCACCUCGCGCGCGAGCUGGUGCAGCUCGGCUUCAUCCACGAGGCGGACCGCGACAAGAUCUGCCGGAUCAUGGAGGAGUCCCUCCGCGCCAGUUUCCCCCCGGCGGCGGAGCCCCCCGUGGCGGCCCCCCCGGCGGCGGCGGCCCGCGCGCCUCAGCACGUGGCCAGCUAGUGCGGCGCCCCCCCGCCCGCGCGUCCCCCCCUCGCCUCGCGCGCAGCUCCGCGCGGCGGUCGGUCGUCGGAGGUGUGUUUUGUUUAUUGCAAAAAUCUCUUACGAUUUUUACUGGCUCUUUGUAAUGUAAAUCUAGAGUUCGCAGCGUAGCCUCGGGUAUCUGUAGUGUACUUUAUGUAUGUAUCUAAAAUCGUAUGUAAAUUUUUGUAUCAAACACGGUUUGUAAAUUAGUGUAUGAAACCAAAUUCGAUAAAUAAUGUGAUGUUGAGCUAUCAGCGAGCGAGCCGCGCCCGUGGACAGCUGCUGUUGUCUCUCGGCUCAGUGCAGCACCUCCAACUCAAACUAUACCCUAAAUUACCCGUCCACUAAAAUUUUCAGUUUCGUUUUAUUACUUUAUAUGUGUGCGCUGAAUAUUUUCCAAUAUUGUCCUUUUUAAGUUGAAUUAUGUAACAUAAAUAUGUAACGCGUGUGUGCUCACGAGCGCUCACGGUUUUCCAUCUACAAGCAAUGAAAACAAAACGCUGCAACAAGGUUGUGUGUAACGAGCAAAAUAAAGAAUUAAGAAAAUUUCAGCAAAAUUACCACUUGCAAAGAGCCCACUUGGCCGCAUCACGCGUGAACAUCCGUGAUCAUCCGUGACCAUUCGUGAGCAUACUUGAACAAACAGGCGCAAGUAUGAUGCGUGCUCUACUCGAUAUCCAAACGUCUUAUCGAUUUUAGAACAUCUAGUUGUUUAUGUCGUUAUGUGUAAUGAUAGACGGCUACGGCUGCGGUGAGCCGGCGCGGUCCUGCGCGCACUGCGGACUGCGCGAGGCACAGCUCGGCCUCGCGAUCGAACCAGCGGGUCUAGCAGCCGGAUUAGAAACAAAUCAAUUAAAUAAAUUGAGCGCUAUUAUCAAAAAUGUAUUUUAAAAUGUUAGCAAAGUAAUCAAGUCAGCCUCGGGUCGGGGACUCGACCGGCGGAGGUUCGGUAUUAGACGAGUAUUUGUCCGAUUUUUGUUUAGAUUCAUGUGAAUACCGAUGUACAUGAAAAUAAGCCUGCACUGAUUAAUAAAUUUUAUGAAAUGAAAACUAAAACGUUAUGUGUUGUAAAGAACCUUUCCUUAUUUCAAAUUGAUGGACCUCUCGUGGUUUGCUCAGGCCCCCGCGCCGGUCCCCUCGUCGGCCCCCUCCGCCGGAAUAAUCAAAUUGCUAGUCGAGUGUGAAUCUAAAAACCGGACUGACCGAAUCGUUAAGGAAAAAAAUAGUUGAAUAUUGAAAAUUAUUUAAUCGACAAUGAUUCGGCGAAGGUUUAUAGUUGUUAGUGUGUACAUCGAGAAUGCUUUAGUAUAGAAACUUUUGUAUGAAUGUGUAAAUGUUACAAAAAUGAUAUUUAAUUAAUAUAAUAAUAUAUAAAUAAAUGUGAAACUUUAAAAAAAAACAUUAAUCGUAAUCUGUAUAGUGAGGCUUCCUUUUAGAGCUUUAUGGACGUGGUAUACGGGAAAAUGAACAUACUCACUAAGUGUUUAAGGUCGAAAUUUAUUUGUUUAGCGUUGGUUUUUUAAAUGUGCAAUAGUUCUCAAACUUCCUCUUUAAAUCGGCGCUCACGCACUUGUUGGAUACGCCUAGAGUCGUGGUCAAUUCUGUGAUCGCGAAAACUACUUGAAUACGUAUUCUCUUGAAGGAAGCAUUAGAGUGUGUGUGGAACGAUCGUCUCGAGUUUGAAAUCUAUUGUACUUUUAAGAUUCAAAAUUAUUUUUUUGUAAAUUUUUGUACAUUUUACAAGUCGGUCAAUGUGAGUGCAGUAGGGCACGUAGGCUGCGCCGACGCAGAAUUAGUUUAUGAACAAGUCAAUUUCAAUAGAAUAAUGCCUUUUUUAAAUAAAAUACUUAUUUACAACUGCAUUUAAACGAUUUAAUUGUCGCGAUUCCGAUCGUCGUGCGUUGCUCGCACGCGGACACGUUUAAUGACAGUUAUCAAACUUGAGGUUUAAUGACAGCUGUCAAACUUGACGUCACUGCGAAGUGUAGCCCGACCGGACCUCGUUGGUGAGUGGCUUCUGCGACCCUCGCAGCAGAGGGUGGACCCCAUCACCCUGUUUAUUUUCAACAAAAACAGGUUAUGGUGUGGUUCUGUGGUAAAGUGCAAGAAGUGGAUCGGGCAGCGCCCCCAGUGGCCCACGGACAGCGGUCAGGCGGACACCACUCGCGACGACAUUUUGUGCUUUUGUUUUCUUAAGGAAGGCACCUUGUUCCUAUUUUUUAUUUCGGUGCUGAUUGUGAAAUAUCUUUUUUUUGUUUUUUCUUUGAUAGUUGCAAUUACACGUUUUAAAAUAAAUCUCUUGCAAAAAACAGUAACAAAAAAUAACGCAGAUCUUUAUCCAAUGUUCGUGUGUUUCGUUGAAUGCUAGUGGUGCCAAACUUACAAGGUGCCAAUAAAAUGUUACGGAAUUCUAUCACAUUACACGCUUCACGAUAUCAACUGUACACUGUAUUUUAGUACCAAAAAUAAUAAAUUGUUUCUUGUCCCUUCCAUCUCUACACCGCAGCAACAAUAAAGCUGAAUAUUAUCCGAAAAAACAGAAUUGUUGGCAAACAUUUUGUUAUUUGUUCUUAUUCGUUGCGUAUAGACUCGAACUGCAUCUAAAAAUAUGUACAAUUACUUUUCCUCAUUUUCUGCUCAUUUAUUUUUGGUACCUACUUAAAACGAGCGAUGUAUAGUUAGGGAAGUAACAAAACGUUCGCGUUCUCUUCAUAAUUUCAAAUUGUAAGCUUUUCACGUUUGAAGUCGUGGACACAAAUACGUACGUCGUCCGGCGACCUGCGAACUGAUUCUUAUACUUCAUUUACUAGUUUCUAAACCUGCCAACUUCCAGCACUUCCUGCCCGUCGCGUAGAUCAGGAGUCGUUACUGAAAUUUAUGAAAAUUGCAUUGAAUAUAUAUUUUUAAGUACGUUGCUGACCGGCCGACGCACGGCCCUCACACAGACAGCUCGCGUCACGCCGUCGGCCGCUAGUGACGGGCCGCGUCACGCCGUCGGCCGGUAGUGACGGGCCGCGUCAUGCUGUCGGCCGGUAGUGACGGGCCGCGUCAUGCCGUCGGCCGGUGUAGCGGCACGGCGGUGACUCCGCAGGAGCACGGAGAGCGCGUUUAUAUGAACUAGAAGCGGUCUUCCAUUUCAUAUAAAACAAGAUCUCCCGCGCGGCCGCCGCUGUGUCUGUGCCUGUGUACCGACUUGCUUUUUUUAUUUUAUUAUGAAAUUAUCUUGAAUCUUGCUUAUGAUUUUAAACUAUAUAUAUUUUGCACAAACCUGAAGUUUUGAGAUUUUGAUUCAAUAUAUUAUAAUGUUUUUAUUAUUAUUUUUGUUGUUAUUCAAUCUGCUUUAUUAUUAAUAACCCCACAAUAUCGUUCUGUUAUUAAAAUAUAUCUUUAUGUACUGCGUAUUACUUUUUUAUUUAUAUUAUUUAAUUUUAAAAUGAACACAUUAAUGAUGAAAUUUAGUGAAUCUUGUUUUUAAAGUGAAAUUGUACCCAGGGUGUUCCCGCGUCGUGUGUCCAAAGAGUGAUGUGUUCAUGAGUUGGUUUUUCUUUUUUGUUUUCUUAUGAGAUUGUAACUUUAAUGUUAUUUAAUUGAUCCAGAAUUGCAUUUUUUUUGUUUUUUAUUUAUUUUCUCGUCUACCAUAGAUAGGAUGUAACCGGAGUAUAAUUUAGGUAUAGUAAAGUAUGUUAUUAUGCUCAAAAUGACUUUUAACCUUUUUAUUUUCAAGAUCGUAAUAUGAUCGGCCGAUGUGUGCAUACUAUUCUAAAAUGAGAAAAUGUCAAUAAAAUUGUAUUUUGAAAACAUAAA